AUGGUCUUUAACACCCUCCUGAGCAACCUCCUUCCUCUCAUCCCACCUUCUCGCCAUUGCACUGCGCCCAUCAGCGCGGUGUGUGAGGGCCAUUCGCCUGGCAGCGCGUUUGGGGUUCCAUCUCAGCACGGGAGUGACCCGUGCUUGAAUGCUCUCCUCACCACCCUCCCUUCCCCCCCCUCUCCCCCAACCAUGCAUCACCGCACAUCACCGCGUCCAUCAGCGCGGUGUGUGAGGGCCAUUCGCCUGGCAGCGCGGCUGGGGUUCCGUCUCAGCACGGGGGUGAGCCGAGCUCUCAAGGCCUCCUCCACCCUGGCCGCUGUCGCCACUCUACCUCAGUCACGUAUGCAAAUGGAGCUCGUGCAGAUGAUGUCUCACGGAGCAUCUGAGCCGUCCGUUCGCAUGCUCUGGCAGUUCAACCUGCUCCCUCUGCUGCUGCCGUUACAGGCGCAGUACCUGCGGGCAAAGAAGUUUUCUCAGAAGGCGAUGACAGACCGCCCCAACCUCAUGUUUGACUUGCUACACGAGCUGGACGCACUAGUGCAAGCAGACAACCCUUGCCACCCAUCCACGUGGCUCUCUCUCCUCGCCCUCCACCUGGCGGCCUCUGAUUUGCCGAACCACCUCCGUCCUCUCGCCCUCCUGACAGCUGUCCUCGCCGCUCACCCCUCCUGUCCAUCCGCUCGUAUUGCGGCACGUGUCGCCAUCUUCUUCGCCCAGUCCUCCCAUCCGAACCUGUGCCGGAGGCUCGGUAUUCAGGGCCUGGCCUGGCCGAAUGGGGAGAUGCCGAGCCUGACUGGUGAAGGCAGGAGAGAGAAGGAAAGCAGGUUUGGGCCGAAGCAAGAGGAGGGACAGAUAGGAGACAGCAGUAGUGAUGGAAGCAUUGGAGGAGGAGAGGAAGCGGGAAGAGGGCAGUGGGCAACAGAGGGAAGGAAGGGGAUGGAAGGGGAGGGAUUUAGGGAGGCGGAAUGGGGAGGAGAGGAGGGCAUGGAGGGGGUGGGGCGAGGGGAUGUGGCAAGGGCGGUGAGGGGGGCUGUGGGGGCUCUGACGAUGAGGAGGGAGGUGGUACUGCAAGAGCUGGCAGCGGUGGAGGGGCAACUGGGGGAGGUGGUAUCUGAGAUGAUGCUCCGAGGGGGGGGGAUCGGUAGGUUCGCUGCUAGACUUGGGGGGGUAGGAGAAGGGGGAGGGGAGGGGCUAUGGGGGGGGGAUGGGGAGAAGGGGGAGAAACAAGAUCAUAGGCAAGCGAUAGAAGAUUUGGGGUUGAUUGUUUCAAGAGAGAGAGGUAGAGGAGAGGCAGAGGGGGGAGGCAGGGCAGCAGGGCAGGUGUUGACGCCUGAUUUGGCAUCAGCAGUGGCUGAGAGCCUGGGGAGGGUGCGGGCAUGGGGGCAGCAGUGGCGGGAGGAGCAACAGAUGCUGUCUGAUGUGAGCCAGUUGCUGGUCGCACUGGAAGGCACGGGAGUGGAAGGCAUGGGAGUGGAAGGCAUGGGAGGGAUGGGCGGAAUGGGGGACGUGAGGAUGGAUUGGGGGAGAGGAGGAGGGGGUGGUAUGGGAGUGGAUGGAUGCGAGGGGGAUGAGGGGAAGGCGGGGGAGGGUAGGAGGGGUGAAGCUGUGGUGGCAUGGGCAGAGGAAGGUUCUAGUGGUGAUGGUGUGAGUGAUGGUGGUGAGCGUGACAGUAGCGAAGGGGAAGAAGGGGCAGUGUUUGCUGCUGGUGCUGCUGCUCGUGCUGUUGCUGGUGAUGAUGCGCAUGGCAGUGGCAGUCAGCGGGUGGCAGGACGGAAGAAGAAUGCCUGGUGGCCUACCACGGAGGACGAUAUCAUCCGGGCGGCAUCUCUUCUAGCAGUGAGGGCAUCACAGCACGUGCACCACAUGGUUGACGACAGGCUGCUCUCAGCCACUCUGCAUGACCUCACCGGCCUCGAGCGCCAUGAAAAUGUGUUCAUACAGUACAAGGUGGCGCAAUCCGCUCAUCAGCUUUUCCACGAGAUCAUAUGCAAGUCGGAGGUUAAUGAGGACGACCACGCGCUAUUGCACUUGAAGGUUAAGUCACUCCUAGUCCUUUCGGAUGGUCUUGAAGGCUCUGGAGAUGAUCCGUGUGAUUUAGAGCAAGUGAAGGAGCUGCUUUCUCCGUUGAAGCAGGAGCGGUUUAGUAGCAUCAAGUUUGAUUUGAAUGAGGUGGCUUCGAUUUUGGUGCAUGUGGUUUCAAGGGCUGCUUUUGUAGAACGCAAAGAGAUGAACAAGCCUGCUCGUAACGGGUGGUGCGGUGCGGGCGGAUGUUCUGAAAUCAACGUUCGCCGUCCGUUUGAUCCGUUCAUGGAGAUCGACUUGCAGCAGCCUCUUGCUGCCGGUGUUUCUGCCGGCAGCGCUGACGUCGUCCGUCUGGUCGCGGCGGAGCAUCAACGGAUUUUGAACGCCUUCCGCAAGGCCUUAGAGUCCCCACUCCCCCCCAGUCAUCUGGCGCUGCCAACCCUAGCGGAAGCGCUGCAACUUGGGGGAAGUGCGGGGAGCGGUGGGGGAACUGGCACCGCAGCCGCGGGGACAACCUUGCCGAAGGAGGGCAAGCUGACAGCGGAGCAGAACCAGCUGCUGGAGAUCGGCCUGCGGUCGCUGCUGCAGAGCCUCGUGGAGAGUGCGGCAGCACAGGGCGUGUCAGUGUUGAGUUACAGCCCCACGGGUCCGCCUGGUUCUCCAGGCAGCUCAGCAGCGGUCAUUCGACUUUUAGACGUGGUGCUGCAUCUGUGCGAGGCGGGGCGCAUGGAGGGAGGGGUGGUGUUCCAGCUAUUAGAGGACCUCAUGGACCAGUCGCCCAUUGCCGACUGCCACCUCGUCUUCUCCUACAUCGAAUCCAAGCAGCACGUGCUCGCCAAGGAGCACAUCCUACAGCGAGGCAAGCUGGUGCUGCUGCGCGCGUGCAACCAGCUCUUGCGCCGGCUGUCCAAGGCGAACGAUCUGGUGUUCUGCGGGCGGGUGCUCAUGUUCCUCGCUUACUUUUUCCCCAUCGCGGAGAAAUCAGCGGUGAACAUCAAGGGCGCGUUCAACGCGUCCAAUAAGACCGACUACGCCCGAGAUCCCCCCCAGGAUGGGGGGCCUCUCCUGGACUUCACGUUCUACACCACCUUCUGGAGCUUGCAGGAGUAUUUCAGCAACCCAGCUAUAGCACUACCCAAGUGGGCAGUCUUCUCGUCACACCUGCGCACCGUUCUCGACACCUUCGAAGCCCAGCCGCUGGGCACUGAUACCGAUGCAGGGGCAGAGGCAGGGACGGGCGCAGGGGACGAGGCAGGCGCAGGGGCAGGUGGGGAAGAAGCAGAUGGAGCAGGCACGUCAGUGGGAGGAGGAGCAAGGGGCGGAGUAGGGGACGGAGCAGGUGUGGGAGCAGGAGCGGCCGGGGAGGGAGGAGAGCGGGGAGCGAAGGGAGCAGGAAGUGCAGGGGGGACAGGGCGAGGGGGACGGGGCGGGUCAGGGGAGGCGGUGGGGGAGAUGUUGGGGGCGUACAACAUGAAGUACCUGACGAGCACUAGCCUGUUGGAGCUGGAACUAAGGGAUGGCAGCUUCAGGCGCCAGUUCCUUGUUCAGUGCCUCAUCCUCCUCGAGUAUCUUAUGAUUCCAGGAAAGUCAGAGAAGGACGAUAAGAGAGAAGCCAUGAGAGCAGAGGCCAGGGAGUUUGAGGCGCGAGUGAAGAAGCUUCUCAGAAGGUUACCGCCGGGCGGCGAGGACUUUCUGUCGACUGUGGAGCAUGUGAUGCGGCGGGAGAAGCACUGGGUGGCAUGGAAGAAGGAGGUGUGUCCGCCGUUCGACCGCCCUCCAGCUGACCUCACUCCCCGCCGGGACCCAACCCCCAAAAGGCCGCGCUACCUGAUGGGCAACAAGGAGCUGGACCGGCUGUUUCGCUGGGCAGAUAAGCACCCUGACGCCUUGACGGACCCAGAGCAGGUGGCAGUACCGGCAUUCCGAGAUUUCAUCCAACCGCUUGCGGAUGAUAUGGACCCAGAGAAUUGCAUAGAGGCGGAGUACCACAGGACCAACGACAAGGUGUUUUGCUGGAGAGCCCUUCGCCUGGCUGCUCGAUCGGACAUAGAAGCAUUCAACAGGUUUGGUGAUCUGGGCAUGGAGGGGGUGGUGCCACCGGACAUGCUACCAGACGAGGUGCGGGUGAGGCUGCACAAGAGCAAGCCCAAGAAGGACUCUCAUGGCGAUAGGGAUGCAGCCAAGGAUGCUAGUAAAGGAGCGGCUAAUAAAGAGGCCACGGCCGAUGCAGGGAAGGAUGCUGCAGCUGGUAACGCCCUGCCCCCUGCACCAAAUGCAGCUACUCCUGUGACUCCUCCGCAAGGCCCCCACGCUGUCGGUGCUACAGCUGCCGCCGAUGCUCCGUCUACACCUCUAACGGCUUCUACAGCCACUGGGACUCCACUGGCUGCUCCUAAGGGUGUGAGUGGUUCAGCUGGCAAGAAGACUGGUCCGGCUGGUGGGGAGGAUGGGAAAGCGGAAGGAGGAGGCGAUGGGGAAGGCACACCCAGCGCAAAGGGGUUUGUGUUUGAUCUCAACAUGGACGCUCCAGAUGGCUCCCCUGCUGCUGCUGCUGCUGCUGCUGCUGCGGCCGUGUUCCCGCGCAUGAUGCGCUCGAUACUAUGUGCGGAACGCAGCCGUGACAGACUUUUCAAGAGUUUAUCGAGAUUUUCCCUUCGAACUGGGCGGUCCCCCUGGUGGUCGCAGAAUCGCUGUUGCCCUCAAGGGUCCUGA